AACGAAGCUGGUUUAUUGAGACAAUCCCGGGGAAUGAGUGGUGAGAGUAGCAAGCCGAUUACUCAUGUUCUUUUCUGUGGGCCUCAUUUUCCUGCUUCCCAUAACUAUACAAUGGAGUAUCUGCGAAGCUAUCCAUUCAUAAAGGUUGAUGCCGUUCCCAUUAAAGAGAUCCCAGGUGUUAUUGGGAAUUAUGAUAUUUGUGUUGUAAAAAGUAUGAGGCUAAACUUGGACAUCAUUGCUAGAGCAAACAAAAUGAAGCUUAUUAUGCAGUUUGGAGUUGGGUUGGAAGGUGUGGACAUAGAUGCUGCUACAAAACAUGGAAUUAAGGUUGCAAGGAUCCCAAGUGAUAACACUGGAAACGCCUCUUCAUGUGCUGAAAUGGCAAUUUAUCUGAUGUUGGGCCUCCUUCGUAAGCAACAUGAAAUGCAGGUUUCCAUUAAGGAGAAAAGGCUUGGAGAUCCAGCUGGUGACACGUUGAUAGGGAAAACGGUAUUCAUUUUGGGAUACGGAAACAUUGGGAUCCACUUAGCAAAGCGGUUGAGACCCUUUGGCGUGAAGAUAAUUGCAACGAAAAGGAGUUGGAAGUCUCUUUCCGAGAAGUCGUGCAAUGAAAAUGGUGUCCACGAUGAAGUUGUGGAUGAGAAGGGCACCCAUCAAGACAUCCUUAAGUUUGCAAGCCUCGCUGAUAUAGUAGUAUGUUGCUUGGCGAUGAAUAAGGAAACGGCUGGCAUUGUAGACGAUACUUUCAUAUCUUCGAUGAGAAAGGUUUGUGAUAUUCUUUAUAUCAUUUUUGUGGCUUCAAAAGUAGUUUGUCUGAGAGAUCGAUAUCAUGUUAGGGUGCAACUCAUGAUUAAUAUAGCGCGUGGAGGGCUGGUGAUUAUGAGGCUGUGCUUCAAUCAUCUCAAAUCUGGUCACUUGGGAGGGCUAGGGACGGAUGUUGCUUGGGUCGAGCCGUUUGAUCCUGAUGAUGCCAUUCUAAAGUUUCCGAAUGUGAUCAUGACGCCUCAUGUUGCUGGAGUCACUGAAUACUCUUACAGAUCCAUGGCCAAGGUUGUCGGAGAUGUUGCCCUUCAAUUACACUCGGGCGCAUCAAUGACUGGGCUGGAAUUUGUCAACUGACCAGCAACAUGUAGUUAGGAGCUUCACUCGUGUUGCAAGUGAGGAAGCAAUAAGGAUACGCCGCACAUGCGAUUCCCGAGGUAUCGAUUGCCCUUUGUCUCCACAACUUCAUUCUAGCUUGAAGAACAUUAGGUUUUGCCUGAUUUCUUGGAUUCAUUCUGAGCUGAUUCAAGAACAUCCAACCUACUCAAAAUAAUUUGCAAAAGGUUCUCAACGAGCCUAUAUGAAAUUAGAGCAAUUUUCUGCAGAAAAUAUAAAUGUUUGUAACUUUGUAAGCGGGUCAUGGGAAAAACAUAGCAUGUUUUUUUUUU